CCUGCACUCGUCCUCUUCACCCUCUGCAUCUAUCUCCACGAGACUUAUCACGAAUAUCUCUUCGGCCGAGCUCCUGGACCCCUGCGCCACCAAAAGCAGCCGCCUCGAAGUGCGACCGCGUUGACGUUUAUUCCCUCCAACGAUCGAGUGCUUCAGAUGGUAUUCGCAUGGUUCUGAUCGAUUGACUUGUCCCAGUAGACUUCAGAUCCGCCCCUGUUCUUGACGGGUUGGAAUAUUUGUAUUUUUUUUGGCGAUACAUUUUGGGUGCGAACCCGCAAUCCUAGGCGGAGUUCACAAUUUGUCGCGAACUGAGCCAUGGCGACGCAUCACCCGUCCCCUCCGGCUGGUAUGAAUUUGCAUCAUGGUCCACCUAGUGGUCCUCCUCCACCGCCGCCAAGCAUGCCUCCUCCACAGCAGCAAUGGCCAGCUGCGCAGCAACAGAUGGCGGCGAUGAAUGAAGCGGUGUGGCUACAAAUUGGGAGCCUUGCAGAGCUUCUGGGCAAUCUCGAUGAAGCUAUGAUUUCUUAUGAACACGCACUGCGUGCCAAUCCGAGGUCCAUUCCCGCCAUGAACGCCAUAAGCUGCAUCCUCCGGACACAAGAGCAAUUCCACAAAGCCGUGGAGUACCUCCAAAACAUUCUCAAGCUAGAUGGCAACAAUGGAGAUGUUUGGGGGAGUUUGGGCCACUGUUAUUUGAUGAUGGACGACUUGCAACAAGCCUACUCGGCGUACCAGCAAGCCCUAUACCACCUCAGGGACCCGAAGGAACCGAAACUUUGGUACGGUAUUGGCAUCCUCUACGAUCGCUAUGGGUCGCUCGAGCAUGCCGAAGAAGCGUUUUCGCAAGUCAUGCGCAUGCAACCCGACUUCGAAAAGGCCAACGAAAUCUACUUCCGCCUCGGUAUAAUUUACAAGCAGCAGCAGAAGUACCAGCAAAGUCUUGAGUGCUUCCGAUACAUUGUUUCCGUGCCACCGACCCCUCUGACUGAAGAGGACAUCUGGUUCCAGAUUGGACAUGUUCAUGAGCAGCAGAAAGAUUACGACAAUGCCAAGUCGGCCUAUCGACGUGUGCUCGACCGAGAUCCGAAGCAUGCAAAGGUCCUUCAGCAGCUUGGCUGGCUGCAUCACCAGCAGAGCAACAGUUUCAGCAGCCAGGAGCAAGCGAUUGAGUAUCUGGAGCAGUCUGUCAGUUCUGAUCAAAGUGAUGCGCAAAGCUGGUAUCUGCUUGGCCGAUGCUACAUGUCACAACAAAAGUACCCAAAGGCGUACGAGGCCUAUCAACAAGCAGUCUAUCGCGAUGGACGGAACCCGACAUUCUGGUGCUCGAUUGGCGUUUUGUAUUACCAAAUUAACCAGUACCGAGAUGCACUUGAUGCAUACUCCCGCGCGAUACGCUUGAACCCGUACAUCUCCGAGGUCUGGUACGACUUGGGAACUUUGUAUGAAUCCUGCAACAACCAGAUCAACGACGCCCUGGAUGCCUAUCAACGAGCCGCCGAGCUCGACCCCCAGAAUGUGCACAUCAAGGCUCGUCUUCAGCUACUCCGCAGUGGCCAGACCAACGGACUUCCUGUGCAGACAAGUGCUCCACUUCCGCAAGAUGUCCAUCCUCAGGCUUACCAGGCUACUGGGGCAGUUGGUCCUCCAGGACCUCAAUGGGGCAACUCAGCUCCCCAGCCUCCACCCUCAGGACCGCCAGCGGGACCACCCGCAAAUGGCUGGGGUGGCCGCCUGGCCGAGAUAAAUCCACCGCCGCAUCCAGCAAAUCCGUAUGACCAGCGGGAACCAGCUCGUGGCCCCGGUCCGAUUCCACCUCCACCUCGUGCUCAAAGCCCUAGGCAGGAGCAGCAAAUGAGACAAUACCCAGGAUCUGAUAGAGGACCCCCUCCUCCUCCUCCACCACCACCUCGUCGCACUCCUCCACGUGAGCAUCACGCCCCUAUGGGCCCUUACUCAGGACCAGGACUACCUCAACCCGGACCCCCGCCAUCAGGCCCUCCUUCUCAGCCACAGCGAGUCUCAAAUCCAAAUUACGCCGGCCCAGGUGGCUCUGCUGUGCUUCCUCCGGCACCGUCAAACAUGAACGGUUCAGGCCCAGGUUCUUUACCCUCAUUUCGAGGUGGCAGCCCUCCCCCACAAGUCCGACCGAUAAUGGACAACCGAAUGCCAUCUCCCAAGUCUGGUUAUCCACACCCCCACCAGUACCCACAUCAUCCAGAUAGCUCCAAUCCUGGUGGUAUCGAGGGAGGUGCUCCUCCGCCAGCUUCUGCUCUCGCUGCUGCAGAAGCAGCCGCAGCUGAGCGCAACGGGGAGAGGCCAGGUUCCGUUGGCUCAAAGAGAAGAGGGGAGUGGGAAGAAGAGCCAUCUAUGAAGAAAGCUGCAUCAGACGAGAACCGAGCUCAGAUGAAUGACAUGCAUCACCGCAGACCAUCUACACCCCCGCGAGAGCAGUUCCGUCGAAGCUCUUCAGAAGCCCGCCGUGAGGAGCAGAGGCGCAUGGAUGAUCAGCGACGCGUCGAAGAACAAAGAAGAGCAGAGGAGCAGCGCCGAGCAAAUGAAAACUAUCAUCCGUCCGAAGCCGCCCAUCAUCCACCAACCCAUGGUCUCCCACCAAAUCACCUCCCACCUAUGCAGCAAGGACCACCGCCGGUGCACACUCCAAUGCAUGAGUUGCCCCCUCCUCCCCCGCCUCCUGCCCCAAAGGAGUAUCCCAUGGAGGACCGAGAGCAGAGAGAUCGCCUCGAUCAUCCACCCCCACCUCCGCCACUUGUUGGAGAGCCUGAACGUGCAGCGAGAAAGAUGGAUGUUGAUGAAGACUAUGAUGACGAUGGAGAAGAGGAUAAGAAGGGUGGCAUUGUUUCAGCAUCGGGAUCUGGGCCAGGUUCUGCAUCAGGAGAAGCCAAGACUACAUCCCCAAGUGGUGUAAACGGGCAUGCUGUGAACGGUGUGUCGAAUGGCCAACCAAAAGUUGAAACCGCGGCUUGAGUUGGAAAUGUUUUCGUUUGUUUGUGUUGAUCUCACGAAGUGUAAAUCACUCUUCUCGUUGAGCGUAUUGUAUAGAAUGACGAAUUUUCACGAAAAGUUCCCUAAACAUUGUGAAUGGAGUGAUAUCGUCGGACGAGAUGCAAAACUUCGAGGUGAGCUGGAUGAUUGUGCGUCAGUUGAGAGUGAGAUUGUGUAUUCGCAACCAACUCAUCUGGGUCUGGGAUCAUCGACAACGAAGAAUUGGAUAGGUUCCAUAACAGCUGAAGACUGUGUUAGUAUCGUAGAAACGACAGGAGAGAUGAGAGCCAAAUAUCAGGCUGGCAU